CGCAAGUGCCAACCCACAGCCAUCCACAUUAACUCUCUCUAUCUUUCUCUCUCUAGGAAAACAAAACAAAGAAAUAAACGAAGGGGAGUGAAGUGAUGCAGAUGAUCUCCAAAGCAUCUUGUGCCAUGGCUACCCUCCCUUGCUCCAGGGUGAGGAGUGGGCUUUGCAUAUUGCCAGGCAUGAGGCAACUUAGCCUUAGUAAAGGUCUUGUGUAUGGAUUCACGCGUUUGUUGUCUACGCCAUUUAAAACCUUGCGUGGAGCAAGUCGAACACUCAGAGUAGCCCAGUUUUGCAGUGUUUCUAACAUGUCAUCCUCAUUGCAAAUUGAAUUGGUGCCAUGUCUUAAGGACAAUUAUGCAUAUCUCUUACAUGACGAGGAUACAGGCACAGUUGGAGUUGUCGAUCCGUCUGAAGCUACACCUGUUAUAGAUGCUUUAAGUCGGAAAAACUGGAACUUAACUUAUAUACUAAAUACUCAUCAUCAUCAUGAUCACACAGGUGGGAAUCAAGAGUUAAAAGCAAGAUAUGGUGCAAAGGUAAUUGGUUCGGGAGUCGACAGGGAUAGGAUUCCUGGCAUUGAUAUAGUUCUGAAUGAUGGGGAUAAGUGGAUGUUUGCAGCCCAUGAGGUGCAAGUAAUGGACACUCCUGGCCACACCCGAGGCCACAUUAGUUUCUACUUUCCUGGUUCUGGGGCUAUUUUUACUGGAGAUACUUUAUUUAGUUUAUCAUGUGGCAAGCUUUUUGAAGGAACACCUGAGCAGAUGCAUUCGUCCCUCAGGAAAAUCGUGUCACUGCCUGAUGAUACAAAUAUAUAUUGUGGUCACGAAUAUACAUUGAGUAAUUCAAAGUUUGCACUGUCCAUAGAACCAAAUAACGAGGCACUCCAGUCGUAUGCAGCCCACAUAGCACAUCUUCGCAGCAAAAGUUUGCCAACAAUUCCAACUAAGCUAAAGGUUGAAAAGGCUUGCAAUCCUUUCCUCCGCACAUCAAGUACAGAAAUCCGGCAGACCUUAAACAUUCCAGCAACAGCAAGUGAUUCAGAAGCCUUAGGCGUCAUCCGCCAAGCAAAGGACAAUUUUUAGAUCACAUACAAGAUUAUCAACUUGUUAUAGUAUAGGUGAUUCAGCUGUGUAUUAUUCUCUGCGGGUUUGGAUAUCUUGAAUUUCCUUUGGAUUCUCACCAAAAGAAAUAGCAAAUCCUGCCUUCUUCUAUUUGGAUUAAAAUGGUUUAAUUCUGUACCAGCUCAGCUUUUAUUUGCUGUGAAAACACUGCGUAGAAGGUAUUCAUUUUUGGUUCUGGUUCA